UUUAAAACGGGGCAACCUGUACAACUAACCUACUUUCCGACUGCCAUUACUUACGAGAUAAAGAUUACACUUUGAACUUUUGGAAGAGCUUUUAGUUUCUGGACAACCAUGGACGAAGUGACAGGAGCUCAGCUUAUUGCUGAGUCUCUUAUGAAUCAGAAAGUGGAAUACAUGUUUGGGAUCGUCGGUGUUCCUGUCAUUGAGGUAGCAAUGGCUGCUCAGGCUGCAGGGAUCAAAUACAUUGGCAUGCGCAAUGAACAAGCGGCCUGUUAUGCUGCCUCUGCCAUUGGAUACCUGACUGGGAGACCAGGUGCUUGCCUGGUGGUGUCAGGACCAGGACUCAUUCAUGCUCUGGGUGGAAUGGCCAACUCCAACAUGAACUGCUGGCCAGUGGUUGUUAUCGGGGGAUCUUCAGAUAGAAGCCAAGAGACUGCAGGAGCCUUUCAAGAGUUUCCACAGGUGGAAGCGUGUCGCCUGUAUAGCAAAUUCUCAGCAAGGCCAAGUAAUCUUGAAGCCAUCCCUUCCGUGAUUGAGAAGGCUGUUCGCACAAGCAUGUAUGGGCGUCCAGGCGCUUGUUAUGUGGACAUUGCAGGAGACAUGGUGAAUGCCAAAGUGGACCGAAGCAGAGUCAGGUUUGUCCACUGUUGUCCACCUUCUCCCAUUUGUCUGGCCGACCACAAUGCAGUGUUGGAGGCCAUCACUGUCUUGAAAUCAGCUAAAAGGCCUUUGGUCAUCAUUGGCAAAGGUGCAGCCUACGGUCGAGCAGAAGCCGCUUUGAGAGACUUUGUGGAAUUGAGCCAACUGCCCUUCCUUCCGACCCCCAUGGGGAAAGGAGUGCUGCCUGAUGAUCACCCCAAAUGUGUGGGGGCUGCACGCUCGAGAGCUCUUCUCCAGACAGAUGUCGUGCUUCUUCUUGGAGCACGACUCAACUGGAUGCUCCAUUUUGGUCUGCCACCGAGAUUUGACCCAAAUGUCAAAAUCAUUCAGGUUGACCUUUGCCCUGAGGAGAUGGGAAACAAUGUGAGGCCUGCUGUUGCUCUCCUGGGGGACAUCAAUGCGGUCGUCACUCAGUUACGGGAGUGUCUUAUUAAAGAUGGCUGGAAGUAUCCUUCUGACACAAAAUGGUGGAGUAGCCUAAAAGAGAAAAUGACCAGUAAUGCCAAAAUAUCAAAUGCGCUAGCUCUCCCCUCAACGAUACCCAUGAACUACUACACGGUGUUUCACCACAUCUCACAGCUGCUGCCACGCGACUGCAUCAUUGUCAGCGAGGGCGCCAACACCAUGGACAUUGGACGCACUAUGUUGAAUAAUUACUUGCCUCGUCACAGGCUGGAUGCGGGAACAUUCGGAACAAUGGGAGUGGGCCCCGGUUUUGCAAUAGCUGCAGCUGUCGUCGAGAGGACCGAGAAUAAGGGCCGAAGGAUUGUCUGUGUGGAAGGCGAUAGUGCCUUUGGAUUUUCCGGCAUGGAGGUUGAAACCAUGUGCAGAUAUAACCUACCUAUAGUUGUGAUUGUUGUGAAUAACAACGGUAUAUACAGCGGAGUUGACCCUGAGACGUGGAAAGAAAUGGCAAAAAUGGGGGAUCUGACCAGCAUAGCGCCCCCCGUGACCCUCCUCCCCGAGGCCCGCUACGACCAGGUGAUGACAGCAUUUGGCGGGCGUGGUUUCUUGGUGAGGUCGGCGGAGGAACUGUGUAACGCUUUGCAGCUCAGCUUGAGUGACUGGGAACGACCAAGUCUUCUCAAUGUGCUCAUCGACCCUUCCUCUGACAGAAAGCAACAGGAGUUCCCUUGGCUCACCCGUUCCAACCUGUAGAAGGAAAGUGAUUUUUUUUUCUGUUUCUUCAUAACUGACUGAAGGUUUUUCUAUUAAGACCAUAGUGACGACAAGCGGUUUAGACAAUGAAUUAAUUAAUGAAAAAGAAAAAAAAGGAAAGCUCAAGAGCUUCUGGUUCUACCUACUGGUGCAUAAUGCAUUGCAGUCAUUUAAAAAAUGUGUAAUUUAGGGCAGCUUUGUCACAAAGCUUACAUUGAGUACGUGACUAAUCAAUUUUCUUGUCAAAAAUGUAUGCCUUGAACAGAACAACUGUACUAAUGAUGAAGGUGGUGUCUAUAUAUAGUAAUAACAU